CCUGACAAAAAGCCUUCAAACUGACUCUUUUCAUGUAUUUUCAGUCUGUGCCAAGAUGUCGGAGAAACAGGGCACCAGACCUUUUGCGUCUGCACCAGUGUGCAGCUGGAUCAAAUGGUUCACCGGGCUCCAGGGACACAACUUCCUCUGUCGUGUGCCCAGCGACUACAUCAUGGACAGAUUCAACACGAUAGGCCUGGAGACUUUGGUGCCGAACUUUAAACUCACUCUGGACAUUAUCCUUGAUCCCGACGUUGCGGGAGUGGUCUGGAACAAGUCGGUGGACCCCACGGAUUUGGAGACCUUGUUUGGUUUAAUCCACGCCCGGUAUAUACUUACCUCGUCUGGCUUGGAAGCCAUGUGCAAGAAGUACGAGAGCGGUGAAUUCGGCAUGUGUCCGAAGUUCUAUUGCAAGGGUCAGAACACUCUGCCGGUGGGUCUGUCCGACGAUUGGGGUCACUCCAACGUGAAGUUAUAUUGCCCCCGUUGUCGCGAUGUUUUCCAACCGAACUCGAGCUGCUGCCUGCUGGAUGGUGCCAUGUUUGGGACCACUUUUCCGCACAUGUUCUUCAUGCAGAUGCCGGAGUUGCGUCCUCAUCCACCAGAGGAGAAGUACGUGUGCCGCAGCAUCACUCGAAUCUAAUCCCAUCCGAAUCGCCGGAGUUUAUGGUCGGAGUUGAGGUCUAGCCUCGACGCGACACUGUUGACAAUUAACACCAAACCAAACACCAAAAAUAACAACACUAUCAACAUAACAACACACACAAAAUAAUUACGGGAAAGCACAUACAUGAUAACUAUAUUCUCUUGUUGCAAAUAAACUGAUCCUGAUGCAGUGCGUUGAUAUGGCCAGAAAUUCCA